AGCAACUUCCACUGCUAACACAACUCACCGACCGCACCAUCUCACUUCUCAACAACAUGGGCAUCGACCAGGGCGUCUACCUCAUCACCAACGCCGGCUCGGGCACCGCCGCGACCUUGAAGGACGGCUAUGUCAAGGGCUGGGAAAGGAUCAAGGGCAAGGAGCAGCUGAACCAGCUUUGGUUCGUGAAGUCCGUCAAGACCUCGGCGUCUGAUCCCGGGUACGCGGCCUUCAACCUUGCCACGAACAAAGUCCUCGACCUCGAGAAGGGCCUCGCCGACCGCGGUACUCCCAUCCUCGGUUGGGACUACCACGAGGGCGACAACCAGCACUGGGUCAUCAAGAAGCAGGCGGAUGGCAAGUACUACAAGAUCCAGAGCGUGAAGACCCAGACGUUCGUCGACCUCAACAACGGCGGCAAGGACAACGGCACCAAGAUUCAGGGCUGGGUCGGCUCAUGGGACGAGACCAACAGCCACCAGCGCUGGGUCUUUAACCAGUUCAGCGCCACCGGAAGCCGCAUCAAGUCCAUCCUCGACACGCACCCAAAGAUCCAUGGCAAGGUCAUCGUGGAGUGGCCGGACCGCAUCUACUUCACCCCGGACCAGUAUAUCUUCGAGGCCAUCUGGGCCAAGACCGGCCUCGCCGACAUCAAGCCCCGCGACCCGCUCUUCCAGUCCGAGGCCUACGAGAAAGUCUUCAAGGGUUGGGUCGUGAGCCGCGCCCAGGAGAUCAUCAAGGUCGACGGCUUCGACAUCCUUGUGGGCUCUCUGUCCCUCGUCGAGAAGUCCACCCAGAAGAUCAAGGUUCUCGACGUCUCGGUCCGCACCAGUGACGACAAGUCUCCGGACCUGUCCCAGAUUGUCUUCUUCGACCCUGAGAGCGGAAGGACCCUGGUCGACAUCCCCGAGGGCUACGAGGUCAACUCCGUCAUCAUCUGAGGACGAGGAGCAUGUAGACAUCGACCUUGAUGUGAGAGCAAGAGCAAGUCGCGUUUUCGCUGCUCGCAGGCCAAGGUCGAUGUGGACGUUGAGCGUUCGGAAUUAGUUGUCUUGGAUGAAUGUGUAUCAAUCUUUGUACUUUGUGAAUUGCUGUGUGCUGUUGGACUUCGACAGUCGCUGUCUUCUGGGCUC